CUCAUAAAUGUACUUAGAAAAUAAAGUGACUCGAGAAAUACCAAAAUAUAAGGGUCAAAUGUAGAAUCUUGAACCCUUCUUUCCUUUGCUACAAAUUCAUUAGGAAAAAAAAGAGCAAGUCUACCCAAACAGUUAUAUAUAGCAUAUAUAAUAUAACACAUUAAUUUUCUGAGGAAAAAAAUCAAAUAGGGCAUGUAGCGUAGUGACACAUGCUCUUAUUUAGUAAUUAAGAUGUUUCAUGCAUGCAUGUUCGAUACUCGUAAUAAGACUGCUAUACUCAUUUAUUAGCUAUUAGGCUUUUUAUUUUAUUAUACUAAGCCUACGAGACCCUCUUGUAAUGGGAGAAAGAAAAAAAAGAAGUGCACACCUUUUUUUAGGUAGAUUAUUAUUUUUUUAGGUAGAUAGAGGUGCACACCUUUUAUGCCCUAGAAAACAACCUCUACGCAGAUACACAGAAGCGCAUUCUGAAGGGCUUAGAAGACCAGCUAGCUAGCUAAUUGAUCAAUAAGCAUCAAGAGUUAGAAAGGUGGAUCAUCGGAGGCAUGGAAAGAGGCCACUUCCUUCGGAAACAUCGGUGGAGAAGAAGACCGACGAACAAGAAAACGAGUUCACCACUUAUGGCUACUCAUCUUCUUGGUCGGAAACCGAUGCUUCAGCUAUGGUAACGGUUCUCGCUCAAGUCAUGGGAAGCAGUCCCCAUGAUCAAAGGCCGGUGACUAUGAUUGAUUCAACCCGGAUGGCAGUUCCAAGAGUAGCUCACAUCGAGAGGGAGACAGCCUCGUCUCAUCUCAUUCCAGAUCAAGAGAGCACCAUGAGGAGAAGACAUUACAGGGGAGUGAGGCAAAGGCCUUGGGGGAAAUGGGCAGCGGAGAUUCGUGACCCGAAAAAGGCCGCUCGGGUUUGGCUUGGGACCUUCGAGACAGCUGAGGAAGCAGCCAUGGCCUAUGAUACAGCUGCUCUCAGGUUUAAAGGCGCCAAGGCUAAGUUGAAUUUCCCCGAAAGAGUUCAAGGGCUUGGCUAUUACGAUACUCCCGAGCUCGUGAUGAGCUCCUCCCAAGCAAAUAAUCCUCCCAUUUCUAUGCCAUCGCGGGAAGCUCAUUUCCCAGACUUGAUUCAGUACGCGAAACUUUUGUCGAGCAAUAACACUGAUAUCCCUCUCCUCGAUAAUUCGAAUAUCAGCUUCGUGAGUCAAGGAACAACUCCUGGUAUGCAUACUUCUUCGCCUUCUUCUUCUUCUUCUUCUUCAUCCUCAAUCUCAUCUUCUUCCACAACUUCGACUCAGCAGCAGGGGUCGUCGAGUUCAGAUUUUCGAGGUAAGGGAAAGAGCUUGGAUCCUGGUUAUUAAGGCAGAGCUAUGAAGCGAAAGGUUUUAUUAGAACUUGUAUUGGAUAUACUUAAAUAUGCAUGCAAUUCUCCCGAAAAUGAAAAGGCAUGCAAUUGAUUAAGGUUCAAUUUUUGUUUUGAAAUUCUUUUUUAUUGUAGGCCAGUUUAUUUCGACAUUUCCUUUUGGUUUCUUUUGCCAAACUACCACAAAAAAAAUUUCCAUGGCAUAAUUCUAUUUAUGUGAAAAUGAAAAUUCUAUAAUUUCGCAAUGAGAAUUGAACCUAAAAUCUGUUGUUUGACAAGUGAUGGCGUGUAUCAUUGCGCGGCGCUAACAUCCUCUUUCGCUGCUUCCCAUUCUUUAUGUGAAGUCCUUUUGGAGUUCAAUGGAGCCAUGCACGGUCCAUUAUUUUCGAUAAUUAAGAUUACGAGACAUUGAGAAAGAAGGUGUAUUGUAGUUGCAUACGCUUUCGCUUGUCAAUUAGGAGAUUGUAAAUUCGAUUCUCAAUGUAAAAUUACUAGUACGUGGUCUUUUAUUAACUAUUUGAAUUUC